AUGUGAAUAAGUACAAUUCUAUGCGCGCGGGAUGUCACGUGACAUUACCGCGGGAAAUAAUAACAAAGCGUGCGGUUGUUAACGUGAAAUCGAUGGACAAUGCUUGCUUCGCGUGGUCUGUGAUAGCCGCUCUAUAUCCCGCAGAAAGAAAUUCAGAAAGAGAGUCAUCGUACCCUCAUUAUACAAACGUUCUGAAUUUCAAUGACAUUGAGUUUCCAAUCGCGUUAAAAGACAUUAAAAAAUUCGAGAGACUAAAUAAUAUUUCGGUCAACGUCUACGAGAUCCAAAAGGAUCAAACUGAAACCUAUAAAAUUCUCCCGCUAAGACUCUCCAACGACAAGAAGGAGAAGCAUGUUAAUUUGCUAUACGUGCAAGAUCUACGCGAAGACAACGUGGGGCACUUUGCAUGCAUCAAGAAUCUGUCUCGUCUAGUGAGCUCACAACUCAGUAAAAAGGAACACAAAAAAUAUAUUUGUGACCGGUGAGUAAUAAUUUUAUAAAUGUUGUA